CAAUGGCAACCUCUUCAUAGUUCACUUACACUCUCAAAAGAAAAAAAAAGAGUUCAAAGCUUAGUGAUUUUUAAGCUUAUGGAGAUUAUUUCAGAAUCAGAGUUCAAUAUACUUGAAUCUUUUCAUCACUAUCUUUUUGAUGAUUUUUAUGAAACUCCAGCAGCAGCAAUAACUUGCAGCAGUGAUAAUGGUGUUUUUGUUGAUCAACCUUGUUACAACAGGAGUUUAAGUUUCAGUGGUGUUUUCUUGAAUGAAAGUUGGGGUGAUUUGCCCUUAAAAAUGGAUGAUUCGGAGGAUAUGGUGGUUUACAAUGCUUUACGUGACGCUGCAAACUCUGGGUGGACUCCUUCUAACGAGGUUACGGCGGCGGAGGCGGUUGAAGAGGUGGUGGUUUCAGGCGGGGAAGAGAAAGAAGGGAUAGUUAAUGUGGAGCGUGAAACAAACGCGCCACUUCGGCCGAGGGGGAUGAAUUUUAAAGGGGUGAGAAGACGGCCGUGGGGGAAGUACGCGGCGGAGAUUAGGGACCCGAAGAGGAACGGCUCCAGGAUUUGGCUCGGAACCUACGAGACGCCUGAAGAUGCUGCUUUGGCUUACGAUAGAGCCGCUUUUGAAAUGCGUGGGGCUAAGGCUAAGCUGAAUUUCCCUCACUUGAUUGGCUCUAACACUUCGGACCCGAUUAGAGUUGGUUCGAGGCGCCGGUCACCGGAACCUUCAGCUUCGACGACGCCCUACGGAUUGAGAGAUAGCUCGCCGAAGCCGAAGAAGAGGAAGAGUGCAAGCAACUCAGAGGAUAAAGCCACGCCGGAAGUGGUUCAAUUGAAUACUUGGCCAACCUUUGGAGACCAGUUUUGGAUUAUUUGAGUCCGACCCAUUUUUACUUGGAUCUAAAAUAAUACCCCUGAAGAAUAUUUAAAAAAAAAAACUAACGAAAUAAUAGUUUUAUUUUUUUUGGAAUCUUGAAAAUUAAUUUUUUUUACCAUUUAUUUCUCAUUGGUGUAAAAAGUCCUUUAUUUGUAUUUCCUAUUUUUUUAAUAAACUUUCUAAGAAUUUCUCUUUUUGAUAUAA